AUGAUGCUUAGACGACUCAUAACAAAUCGAUUUUACAGUAACUAUACAAUUUUCAAUAAAUCAUCAGGAAAUGGUAAGUGCGGUGUAGCUGUCAUUCGAGUUAGUGGCGAUAAAACAAAAGAUGUUUUGAGAAGAAUCACCGGAACUGAUGAAUUUAAGCCUCGUCACGCGACAUUGAAAGGGUUAAAGGAUUCACAGGGUCAAUUAAUCGACAAUGGCUUAGUGAUGUAUUUCCCAGGUCCAAAAUCAUUCACCGGCGAGGAUUGCUGUGAAUUUCAAGUUCACGGUGGAACUUCUGUUGUGUCAGCAUUAUUAUCAGCACUAAAUGACAUCCAUAAAGUCAGAUAUAGUGAGCCAGGAGAAUUUUCCAAGCGUGCCUUUCUUAACGGUAAAAUGGACUUGAUUGAGGCAGAAGCUGUUGCCGAUCUCAUACAUGCUGAGACUGAAAUGCAAAGAAAGCAAGCAUUAAUUCAAGCAGAAGGACACUUAUCGAGAUUAUAUCAAGGAUGGAGGACAAAGCUUAUCAGAAACAUCGCACACAUUGAAGCAUUUAUAGAUUUCUCAGAAGAUGAGAAUAUUGAGAGCGAUAUCCUUCAUGUCGUACAAAAGGAACUUUAUGAAUUGAAAAAUGAAAUUCAACAGCAUUUAGUUGAUGGACGAAAAGGUGAGAGAUUGAGAGAUGGUGUACGAAUGGCAAUUGUUGGAGAUACGAAUGUUGGAAAAAGUAGUUUAAUGAAUCAUUUGGUCCAAAAGGAUGUUUCAAUAGUCACUGAAAUAGCGGGUACGACGAGGGAUGUCAUACAGUCUAAUUUUGAAAUCAAUGGAUAUCCAAUCGUUUUAAUGGACACAGCAGGAUUAAGAAAGUCGAGAGAUAUCGUUGAAACGGAAGGAAUAAGACGAGCCAAACAAUGUGCAAUUCUAUCGGAUCUGAUCAUUUUGGUUAUGGAUGGAAAGAAAUUGGAAGAAUAUUUUGGAAAUAAUCCAAUUGACUUGGAUCAAUAUCGGAAAGUUUAUCUUCAUACAUUGGGAUUACAUGACGAAAUUUUACAUGGGCGACGAUUGAUGACUAUUGUGAAUAAAGUUGAUCUGAUGACAAAGCAUAAAAGUCAAGAACUAGAAGAUUUAAAGACACUUGCCAUAUCUUGUACGAAAGUUUUUCGUAUUAAUGACGUUGUUGGUGAAAUUACAGACCAUUUAAAAGAACUAUGUGGAAAUCCAACAACUGAGAAUCCACAUUUGAGUCAACAAAGACAUCGAUUUUGUAUUCAAGAAUGCUCCGAGUAUGUUAAUAAUUUUUUGGAAACCUAUAAUCCAGUUACGGAACAGGAUCUUGCUAUUUUAGUUCAGGAUUUACGUAGUGCUGUAAGAUGUAUUGGCAAAAUUACUGGACAAGUAAGGACAGACGAUAUACUUGAUGUCAUUUUUAGAGAUUUUUGUAUAGGAAAAUGA